AUGGCAGCCUUACAGGUCGCGAAUCGCAACGAGAGGGAUCCGAACUAUGGGAGAGACAUCAUGGUUCACGGAGGCACUGGACAGGCAUCGCGUGGUGCUGUUUCAGCAGCCAUCCAGGCCUCAAUUAGUAGAAACGUGCGAAAUCCGAACGAUGCUAGCAGCUACGCGAAGAGCACGGACGAGGAGAUUCGCGCGAAGUGGAACACAGUCAUGGCUGCCGUUGACGAAGAGCGGCUGGUUACCAGCAUGGAGCUGGAACUGCAGCUCCGGAAGGAGCACGCGGCGCUGGGGAACGCGCUGGUGCUGAGCUCGUUGGAGCCUCUGACUGAGAACAUCAACUCCGCAGCUGACAUGCUGCUUCUCCUCAACGACAACUGGGAUUGGCUGAUGAGCUCAUUGGACCAAUCAGGGACGGACGAGUGGCUGCCAGUGGAGGUGGAGCAUCAGGACGACUUUGCCGCCCUCAUGACUGCCAUCCACGCCGCCCGCACCAACCGCCUUGUGGCCUCGGGAUCAUCGCUCUUGGAGCAGGCUCAGGGCCUCACUGCCUCGCCUGCUGCCUGGGGGGUGAGUGAGAGGCGGUUUGAAAUCUAG